UAGGAGAUGAACCGAUUUUCGGGUGCUCGAGUCAUUAAUCGCCGGAAAGAAAUUGACUCAGACUAACAUCGAACUACCUGAAAAUCAUAAUCUACACAGCUAUGAAGAAGCUCAAUCGUUCUCUUGCCCUCUUUCCGCUUCUUCUCCUUGUUCUGAUCUUUGUUCUAACGCAUACAGAAGCCGAAGUCAUAACCCUAACCCCUGAGACCUUCUCCGAUAAGGUGAAGGAAAAAGAUACUGCAUGGUUUGUGAAAUUUUGUGUUCCUUGGUGUAAGCAUUGUAAGAACUUGGGCUCAUUGUGGGAAGACCUAGGGAAAGCGAUGGAAGGGGAAGAUGAGAUAGAAGUUGGAGAAGUUGAUUGUGGUACAAGCAAACCUGUAUGUACGAAAGUUGAUAUUCACUCAUAUCCUACAUUUAAGCUUUUCUAUGAUGGAGAAGAAGUUGCUAAAUAUCAAGGGCCAAGGAAUGUUGAAUCUCUUAAAUCAUUCAUUUUCGAUGAAGCGGAAAAAGCAGCAGCGAAAGCACAGCUUGACAGUGAUCAAGAUUUGUGAUCGUCAGUAAGUUUAGGGACUGUAGAUGGAAGCUGAAGUGAUGGUGAAAGUGUCGCAAUGAAAUCAACAUCGUUUUACUAAACAGCCCAGCUUAGAUCCCCUGGGGGAUCAUAAGCUGAUUUUAUUGACUUGUCUUUUUCUUAUCCAUCCUGUGAUCGGAGUUUGUUUUAAUCUGCUUUAGAAGGGCACUAAUUUAGUAAUUUUGCAUUCUAGGGCAUUUGAUCUGUUACAAAAUUGUAUCAUCCUCCUACACAAGGAAUUUCAAUUGAAAGUUUGACAGUUCAUAGUUCUUAGAUUCAA